UGAAGCGCGGAGCCCGGGCUCGGCCAUCAACAGCAGGCGGAGGAGGAGGAGGAGGCGAGGCUCUCCCCACCCCUCCAGUCCAGCCCCGGCAUGGCUCGCUGGAUCCCCACCAAGCGGGAGAAAUAUGGCGUGGCCAUCUACAAUUACAAAGCAGUCCAGGAUGUGGAGCUCUCUUUACAGGUUGGAGAUACCGUUCACAUCCUGGAGAUGUAUGAAGACUGGUACAGAGGCUACAGUCUUCGAAAUAAAUCCAAAAAGGGUAUCUUCCCAUCAACCUACAUUCAUCUCAAGGAGGCAACGGUGCAAGAUGGUGGGCAAAAUGAGACAGUCAUUCCUAGUGAAGUUCCACUGGUCCAAGAACUCACCUCUACUUUGCGAGAAUGGGUAGUGAUCUGGCAUAGGCUGUUUGUGGCAAACAAAAGCUCCCUUUUUCGCCAUGUACAACAGAUGACCUAUAGUUUGAUUGAAUGGCGAUCUCAGAUCCUAUCGGGCACUCUCCCCAAGGAUGAGUUGGCUGAACUCAAGAAGAAAGUCACAGCCAAAAUCGAUUAUGGCAACAGGAUUUUGGGACUGGACCUGGUGGUGCGAGAUGAUAAUGGGAACAUACUGGAUCCCGAUGUUGCCAGCAUGAUUUCACUCUUUAAAGCACACGAGACAGCAUCCAAAAGAAUUGAUGAAAGGAUCCAAGAAGAAAAGUCUCUUCAGCAGAAUGUAGAUCGACGAGGACAGUCUAUCUUUAAUAACACCCACACUUACAGCCUGUACAUCAAUUUCAAGAAUUUUGUCUGCAAUAUUGGUGAGGAUGCAGAGCUGCUUAUGAGCCUUUAUGAUCCAGACCAAUCCAAAUUUAUUAGUGAAAACUACCUGGUUCGUUGGGGAAGUAAUGGAAUGCCGAAGGAAAUUGAAAAGCUUAACAACCUUCAAGCUGUCUUUACGGACCUCAGCAGUUCUGACUUGAUCCGGCCUCGGGUCAGCCUAGUGUGUCAAAUAGUGCGAGUUGGCCACAUGGAGUUGAAAGAAGGCAAGAAGCAUACUUGUGGCCUCCGGAGACCUUUUGGAGUAGCAGUGAUGGACAUUACAGAUAUCAUUCAUGGGAAGGUGGACGACGAAGAGAAGCAGCAUUUUGUUCCCUUUCAGCAGAUUGCCAUGGAAACAUACAUCAGGCAACGGCAGUUAAUCAUGGCACCUUUAAUAACAUCUCAUGUGAUUGGAGAGAAUGAACCCCUCACGUCAGUCUUCAACAAAGUUAUUGCGGCCAAGGAAGUGAACCAUAAAGGGCAAGGCCUCUGGGUUUCCCUGAAACUGCUGCCUGGUGAUUUAGCUCAGGUUCAGAAGGAUUUUUCUCAUCUCAUUGACAGAUCAACAGCUGUUGCCCGCAAAAUGGGAUUCCCAGAGAUUAUAUUGCCUGGUGAAGUUCGGAAUGAUAUCUACGUCACACUGAUGCAUGGAGAGUUUGACAAAGGGAAAAAGAAGACUCCUAAGAAUGUUGAGGUUACCAUGUCUGUUCAUGAUGAAGAUGGAAACAUUUUAGAGAAAGCUAUCCAUCCGGGUGCUGGUUAUGAAGGUAUUUCAGAAUACAAAUCAGUUGUCUACUACCAAGUUAAGCAACCUUGCUGGUAUGAAACUGUAAAGGUCUCCAUAGAAAUAAAAGAGGUGGGCCGCUACCAUUUAAGAUUUACAUUCCGUCACCGUUCAUCACAGGAAUCAAGAGAUAAAUCUGAACGGGCUUUUGGGAUGGCCUUUCUGAAGCUGAUGAACGUAGAUGGCACCACUCUGCAGGAUGGCAGGCAUAAUUUAGUAGUCUACAAGGGUGAGAACAAAAAAAUGGAAGAUGCUAAGUUUUACUUGACACUUCCCAGCACCAAGAUGGAGGUGGAAGACAGAGAUGGAGUUGUAUCCAAGCAACACACAGCCAAUUUUACUCUGAAUAAAGAUAGCACCAAGGACAGCUUUCAGAUUGCAACACUCAUUUGCUCGACAAAACUGACACAGAAUGUUGACUUGCUAGGAUUGUUGAAUUGGCGUUCAAACUCUCAGAAUAUAGGACACAACCUGAAGAAGCUGAUGGACGUGGAAGGAGGAGAAAUUGUUAAGUUUCUACAAGAUACACUUGAUGCACUUUUCAGUAUAAUGAUGGAGAUGUCUGACAAUGAAUCCUAUGAUUUUCUUGUAUUUGAUGCAUUGGUAUUUAUUAUUUCCCUGAUUGGAGAUAUCAAGUUUCAGCAUUUUAAUCCUGUACUGGAAACCUACAUUUAUAAACACUUUAGCGCCACCUUGGCCUAUGUAAAACUCACCAAGGUUCUGAAUUUCUAUGUUGGAAAUGCAGAUGAUUCUACUAAGACUGAUUUACUUUUUGCUGCUCUGAAAGCUUUGAAGUACCUCUUCAGGUUCAUAGUACAGUCGAGAGUUCUUUACUUAGGAUUUUAUGGCAAAAGUGAAGAUGGGGAUGAGUUUAACAAUGCCAUUCGCAAGCUAUUCCUCUCCUUUAAUGUCCUCAUGGAUAGACCGCUCGAAGAAGCAGUCAAAAUCAAGGGUGCUGCCUUGAAGUAUUUGCCAAGCAUUAUUAAUGAUGUCAAGCUAGUCUUUGAUCCAGUGGAACUCAGUGUCCUUUUUAGCAAAUUUAUUCAAAGCAUCCCUGAUAAUCAGCUUGUCCGUCAGAAGCUCAAUUGUAUGACCAAGAUUGUGGACAGUGACCUCUUUCGUCAGUCUGAAUGCCGUGACAUUCUUCUCCCCCUGCUGGUAGACCAGCUCAGUGGACAACUGGAUGAUAAUUCUCACAAACCUGACCAUGAAGCCUGCUCACAGCUGCUUAGCAAUAUUCUUGAGGUACUCGAUCGGAAAGAGGUGGGUCCAACCGCAGAUCACAUCCAGUUGAUAAUGGAGCGGCUACUGAGGAGGAUAAAUCGGACUGUGAUUGGAAUGGGAAGACAGUCUACUCACAUUGGUAGUUUUGUAUCCUGCAUGACAGCCAUCUUAAGACAGAUGGACGAUUCCCAUUAUAAUUACUACAUCAGCACUUUCAAAACCAGACAGGAUCUUAUCGAUUUUCUGAUGGAAACUUUCAUCAUGUUUAAAGACCUGAUUGGGAAAAAUGUCUAUGCAAGUGACUGGAUGGUGAUGAAUAUGAUGCAGAGCAGGAUUUUCCUUCGAGCCAUCAAUCAGUAUGCUUCUGUGCUCAAUCGCUUCUUCUUGGAUCAGGCAAGCUUUGAGCUCCAGCUAUGGAAUAAUUACUUCCAUUUGGCAGUGGCCUUUCUUACUCAUGAAUCUCUUCAACUGGAGACUUUCUCGCAGGCCAAGCGGAACAAGAUAAUGAAGAAAUAUGGAGAUAUGAGGAAGGAAAUUGGCUUCCAGAUAAGGGAUAUGUGGUACAAUCUUGGACCUCAUAAGAUCAAGUUCAUCCCUUCCAUGGUGGGCCCAAUUCUGGAAGUGACCUUGACGCCAGAGCCCGAGCUACGGAAAGCAACCAUCCCAAUCUUUUUCGACAUGAUGCAAUGCGAAUUCAACUUCAGUGGGGGCAGAAAUUUCCGUAUGUUUGAAAAUGAGCUGAUCACUAAAUUAGAUCAGGAAGUAGAAGGAGGUCGAGGAGAUGAACAAUACAAGAUCUUGCUGGAGAAACUCCUCCUGGAGCACUGCCGGAAGCAUAAAUACCUGUCCAGCUCAGGCGAAGUCUUUGCCUUGUUGGUUAGCAGCCUGCUUGAGAACCUGUUGGAUUACCGAGCGAUUAUGCAUGAUGGGAGCAAGGAGAACCGCAUGAGUUGCACCGUCAACUUACUGAAUUUUUAUAAAGAAAAGAAAAGAGAAGAUAUAUACAUCAGGUACUUAUAUAAGCUCCGAGAUUUGCACACUGAUUCCGAAAGCUAUACUGAGGCAGCUUACACACUCCUGCUUCAUGCAGAGUUACUUCAGUGGUCUGAUCAGCCAUGUGUUCAGCAUCUGCUUCAGAGGGACAGCUAUUAUGUCUAUUCACAACAGGAACUCAAGGAGAAGCUUUACCAAGAAAUCAUAGUCUUCUUCGACAGAGGCAAAAUGUGGGAGAAAGCCAUCCAGUUAAGCAAAGAAUUGGCUGACAUGUACGAGAACAAAGUCUUUGACUAUGAGAGCCUUGGCAAUCUCUUGAAAAAACGGGCCACCUUCUAUGAGAACAUUAUGAAAGCAAUGAGGCCUCAACCAGAAUAUUUUGCUGUUGGAUAUUUUGGGCAUGGAUUUCCUUCCUUUCUUCGGAACAAGAUGUUCAUCUACCGUGGAAAGGAAUAUGAAAGGAGGGAAGACUUCAUUGUGAAACUGCUCACCCAGUUUCCAAAUGCUGAGAAAAUGAGCAGCACCGCCCCACCAACAGAUGAUGUCAGAGCUUCUCUUAAGCAAUACAUACAGUGUUUUUUAGUUAAGCCUGUCAUGAAUCUUCCUCCAAGCUACAAAGAUAAACCUGUUCCAGAGCAGAUUCUAAAUUUUUAUAGAUCCAAUGAAGUGCAACAGUUCCAACACUCACGGCCUUUCCGGAAAGGAGAAAAAGAUCCCGAGAAUGAAUUUGCAACUAUGUGGAUAGAACGUACCACCUACACAACAGCCUAUUCUUUCCCCGGAAUCCUCAAAUGGUUUGAAGUCAAGCAAGUCACUACGGAGGAGAUCAGCCCCUUGGAGAACGCCAUUGAAACCAUGGAGCGGACAAAUGAGAAAAUCAGUAAUUGCGUCCAGCAACAUGCUUGGGACCGUGCCCUGCCUGUCCAUCCCCUCUCCAUGCUCUUGAAUGGCAUUGUGGAUCCAGCAGUAAUGGGUGGAUAUACCAACUAUGAGAAGGCCUUUUUUACUGAGAAAUAUGUUCAGAGGCAUCCUGAAGAUCAAGAAAAGAUUGAAUUACUCAAACAACUAAUUGCCCUACAGAUGCCUUUGCUGGCUGAGGGGAUUAGAAUCCAUGGAAAGAAACUGACCGAGCAAUUGAAGCCUCUUCAUGACAGGCUGACCUCUUGCUUCAAGGAGCUGAGGGAGAAAGUGGAGAAACUCUACGGUGUGAUCACCCUGCCUUCCUCGCUGACGGAAAGAAAACAGAGCAGGUCUGGUUCAGUGGUUUUGCCAUACAUUAUGUCCUCCACAUUGAGAAGGUUGUCAGUUACUUCUGUCACUUCUUCAGUCGGAUCAACUUCAUCUACAUCAUCUGACAGUGUUUCCUCCAGACCGGGAUCUGACGGAUCAAUUCUUGAGCCAUUGAUGGAAAAGAGAAGCUCAGCAGCUUCCAGGAUGGAAGAACAGCCUGCCAAAGAUGAUGCAGACACCCGGGCUAAUAAAUUCCGUCGGAAAGACUGGAGUCUCAGUAAAUCUCAGGUUAUUGCAGAGAAGGAGCCAGAGGCUGAGUUGGCUUCCAAAACGAACGCAACAGGAAAAGCACCAAGGCCAAAGAGCCUGCAGCUGGGAGAAAGCAAACUAACUCUGCUUCAGAACUCAUCACUUCAACAAGCUGGAGCACUCAGUCCACCACCGAUCACUCCAAAAACACCGAGAACUCAAAGUUUCCCUUCCUUGCAGGCAGAUGGAUUAACAACCGUUAACUUGCAGAAUUCUCCUCCCCCACCACCUCCCAAAUGCAAGCCCUAUGAGAAUAACAGCUCCAGAAACUCCACAGAGGGGGCUCCACCUCUACCCACCAGGCGAGAAAUCAAGCCACCACCACCUCCUCCUAAAACAAGGAAAUCCGGUGUCCCUUCUUUAGAGCCCGAACUACAAUGAGGAUUCUACGUCAUCUUGUCUCUUUGCAUCUGGUGCUUUGUGGAUGCAUCUCGUUCCCCAGAGCGCCUCAGGAUUGGCCUCUUCCUGCUGGACAGCUUCGCCUUCCAUUCCUGCACAAAGUUUGGGGAUGUGAACAAAAACCAGCUGCCAGACAUUCUGGCAAAGCUGCUGCUUUGGCUUUCCUGGCUUCUGAUUCCCCUACUGAUGUCUCAAGACAUAUCUUCGGAUCAUCUAUGGCGUAUCAGGGCUUCUGCAAGGCU